AUGAGUGCCGAUUCCAAGUUUGGGCAUGGAUGCCAACCGUUCAGUUCGUUCUCGUACAAUGCACCUGCCUACAAUCGUUACUCACCGUAUUCCUACAACAGAGUACCGUAUUACCAGCCUGUUAUGCGACAACCAUAUUACUAUUAUCGGCAGCCGGUACAGUCCUGGGUGCAGCCGUACAGGCAGUACACUCCGUAUUACAAUUACUAUUCUCGAUACAACGCUUACAACUACGGAUCAUCUCCUCAGUAUACCUAUGGCGGAACAAACCGUGACAGAUGGGGAAACACCUUUGUUGGCAGUCGCAGCAAUCAAGUAUGGAUCACAUGCCGGACAAGAUAUUGCUCAGGAUGA